AUGUUGUCAUUGUUGAUUCCUGGGCCACAAUCACCGGGGAACGACAUUGAUGUGUACCUUCAACCAUUAAUUGAGGAGUUAAAGAAGUUAUGGGAAUUAGGAGUAGAUACAUAUGAUGCCUCAAAAAAUCAAACAUUUAAAAUUCGUGCAACCCUUCUAUGGACUAUUAGUGAUUAUCCUGGAUACGCUAUGUUAUCAGAAACCUUAAAAGAUUUUGAGAAUGAAUUUGGUAAAAAAAAGAAGAAGAAAAGAGAUGGUCCAUGGAAGAAGAAGUCAAUAUUUUUUGAGUUACCUUAUUGGGCUGAGAAUACAUUACGUCAUAAUCUUGAUGUGAUGCACAUUGAAAAAAAUAUAUUUGAUAAUAUUAUUGAGACUCUUUUAGACAUACCAGGAAAGACAAAAGAUCAUGUUAAUGCUCGUUAUGAUUUGAAAGAUAUGGGAAUUAGAAAGAAGCUUCAUCCAAAAGAGAUUGGUGGAGGCCGUGCAGUGAUUGCGAAAUCUUGUUUUUCAAUGAGUGCACAUGAAAAGACUAUUUUUUGUGGUGUUUUGAAGGCUGCCAAAUUGCCAGAUGGGACUGCAUCAAACAUUUCAAAGUGUGUGCAUAUUAGUAAUAAGAAAGUAUUUGGCUACAAGAGUCAUGACGCACAUUUCAUGUUACAUUACUUAUUACAAGUAGCGGUAAGAGACACCUUGCCAAAUGUAGUGGCUGAACCUCUAAUUCGCUUAGGGUCAUUUUUCCGCGCUUUGUGUAAAAAAGUUAUCCAAGAGCAAGAUUUGAAUUUCUUAGAAGCUGAGAUUGCAGAUAUUCUCUGUCAAAUGGAGAUGAUUUUUCCUCCAAGUUUUUUUGAUAUAAUGGUUCAUCUGCCCAUUCAUUUGGCAAAUGAAGUUAGAUUGGGCGGUCCAGUUCAAUUUCGAUGGAUGUAUCCCACUAAAAGAAACUUAUGUAAACUUAAAAGUUAUGUUCGUAAUAGAGCUCAUCCCGAAGGAUCUAUUGCUGAGGCAUAUUUGGCUGAAGAAGCUUUGACUUUUUGCUUAAGAUAUUUGCAUGAUAAUGUAGACACAAGGUUGAAUAGAAAGAGUCAAAAUUAUGACAAUAGUGAUUUGUGUGAUGUGGAUUUAAGCGAUUACUUUUCAUGUAUUGGUCGUUCUUUAGGUGGGAAGAAAAAUGGUAAACCAUUUUUUCUAGAUUCAACUACAAAAGCCCAAGCCCAUCGAUACCUUUUGUUCAAUUGUGAUGAAGAGCAUGAUGAUAUUGUCAGUAGUCAAACUAAAGGAUAUAGGUGGGUCAAGGCCAAAACCCAAAGUCACGAUAUCAGUGAAUGGUUUAAAACUCGAGCCUUGAAAGAUGAUGUAUCAAUUCAGCUACAAGAUUUCUCUAGAGGUCCAUGUGAUACAACAAAGAUGUUUUCAGGUUACCUCAUUAAUGGAUAUAGAUUCCAUACAAUGAAACGAGAUGCAAGACGCAAAACUCAAAAUUCAGGUGUAACUUUGGUUUCAUUGACUCCAAGUUUUGCAAGCUCUAAGGAUGAAAAUCCUAAGAUAGAAGCUGUCACUUAUUAUGGAGCAAUUGGAGAUAUAAUUGAGUUAGACUAUUACUCUCAAUUCAGAUUUGUGUUGUUUAAAUGUGAUUGGUUCGAGGUAGAAGAAGACAAAUAUGGGCUUACUUAUGUAUAUUUCAACAAAAAAAGUUACCAAAAUGAUCCUUUUGUUCUGCCAUCUCAAGUGCAUCAAUGUUUUUAUGUCAUGAAAACAGAUCCUAGAGAUUUAUAUAGUAUGGGUGACCUAUCAGAUUCAAUGGUCCAAGAAUCUUAUCAAAGUGAUCCUUUUGAUGGUGAACUUAAUUGGGUUAGGGAAGAUAUACCUGGAACAAUUGUUGAUAAGCCUCCACCUUUUAUGCAAGAGACAAGAUAUGAAGAUGAUUCUGAUUUUGACAAUAUUGUGUUAUGA